AUGAAGGAGUUUCUUCCGUCGAUGAUCCGCACGAAUCGAGGACACAUGGUGACCAUCGCGAGUGUGGCGAGCUUUGUCGCCGUCGGCGAGAUGGUCGAUGAUUGCUGUUCGAAGGCGAGCGCGCUUGCGUUCCAUGACGGACUCCGGCAGGAACUGAAAUAUUGGUAUGAGGCGCCGAAUGUGCUGAUCAGUAUCGUCCAUCCUCUCUGGGUCAGGGCACCCAUGAUCAAGGGUUUCACUUCGUACCAAGACGAGUUCCGUCAGCUGUUCAGUCCGAAGGUUGUUUAUGAGGCUGUCAUAGAGCGUCUCGUUUCUCGCAAGCGUGGGCAGAUUGUGCUCCCGAGGCGUAUUCGAGUUGCUGGGUCGUUUAGAUGGUUCCUGCUUUGGAUGCAAGAGCCUGUUCGGUCUCACUAA